AUGAAUAUAACCAUAACCCGUGGUGUCAACGAUGUCACGGACAUAAUCAUAACCAUAACCACCAAUAUCGACGCCAAAACGAUGGAAAUACCGAUAACGAUGCCAGGCCCCAGUGCCUAUAUGAUGCCAGGCCACAGUGCCUAUAUGAUGCCAGGCCACAGUGCCUACGAUGCCAGGCCCCAGUGCCUAUAUGAUGCCAGGCCCCAGUGCCUACGAUGCCAGGCCCCAGUGCCUAUAUGAUGCCAGGCCCCAGUGCCUACGAUGCCAGGCCCCAGUGCCUAUAUGAUGCCGGGCCACCGAUUGCCCAUAUGAUGACCUAUGCCGAUGACCUAUGCCGAUGACCUAUGCCUAUGCCUAUGACGAUGAAAACCACAAAAAUAAUAAGAAUGAGAUCCCGCGGCGUUAGAACAACUGGGGGUAAUACAGAUACAGGAAGGACGGAUUUGAGCGUUUUUUCUUGCAUAUUCGCGUGUAUUUGCAUGUAUGGAGCUAGUCCUUAUGAGAAAACUAGACUCUACUUUGUGUAAUUAAUUAUUAUUGCAGAUUUGAAUGAUUUGGGCGCUUUUGGCUGCGUGGGUUAACUGGCCUGCGUAGCAUGGGGGGGUGUUGGAGCUACUACACAAGCCCUAACCCACGUGACCCACACAC